AGAAAUUCAUUUCAUGAACUGGAAUCUUUAAAGACCCCAUUUGUGAAUUCACUUUUUGAAGUUAUUUUAGAAGAACAUCUGUCAACCACAAAGUACAUAGUUACUUAUAAGAAGGCUCUAGAAUGGUUCAAGUAUUUUUGGACAAAAACCUUUAUGUCAAAAAUUCCCUAUGUUUGUAAUAUUUUAAUGAGAGCAGUUGGUGGGACAAUGUAAGUUAUCCAAUGGAUGUGAAAUGCCUCUGAAUUUAACUCUACAAAAGAACCCAGUGACUUAUGAACUUAUAUUAAAAUGUAUCGACUAGAAUCUGUUAUUGGAUUGACAGAAAGUGGUAAUGAACAAUUAAAUUUAUUUGAAUAUCAAAUUUGUCAAACAAUACAAGAGACUAAACAAUACAAUUCUCAAUCAAUAGAUAGAACAUUAUUAGCUAUAAGUAUGUAUCUUUUAGCUAAAAUAAGACUGCUACAGAUGAAUACAAAAGAACAUGAAUUUCUAAUGUUUCAGGCUAUAAGUGAAUGUAUGGCAGAUCAAGGUGAAUAUCAUCCUUUGAUAGCUGAAUGGCUAGUAAUUUUAGCACUAUCUUUACAAAAACCACUUAAUGGUCAUAAUAAUGAAUUAGAUGAAAUAAAUUUUCUUCGAAUGAAGUUUGGAAGAACUCGUGCACAAGAAUGUCUGCGAUGGAGUUUAGAUAUAAUGACAUAUAACCAAGAAAUUUUGAUAAGACAAGUUAUUCCUCCACCAACAUCUGUACUUUCGACUUUCAACCAACACAUUCAUACAAAAUUACAUAGAAGUAUUCUAUUACGUUCACCUCGAUAUUUGAUAAUACCGCAGAUUCAGCCUUCAUUAUCAUCACCAUUUUUAUCCAAAACUUCCAGAAGCACAAGCUAUAAUCUUAAUAAUUCUACUGAUAGAAAAGUAUCAAAUCUAUCAAGUAAUCGUACAGACAUCACAUUAAAUUUAAAUAAUCAACAUUUAUUCAGUAAUCCGUAUGUAUAUCAAACACUUCCAGCAGAAAUAUGUUUACAGUUGGUUGUCUGUUUGUUAAAAGAUAAACGUCAGAUAAGUUUGCAAGAAGCUAUUACACGUGCUGCAUAUGUUCUGCAUGAAAGGAGUUUGUUUUUAGGUGUUGAUCAUCCAGCUACUAUUCAGAUAUCUAAAAUUUUAGAUCAUAUAGAGCAUUAUCUUACCCAUGGUUGGACAUCUAAGGAAAUACAUAAGAAAGAUAUAAAACAUCUACCCCUAAAGUUGACUAAAUCAAAGCUUCUAAAUGAUCGCAAGUCAGGAUAUUUGUUCUCUACAAAUCAAUCACAUGAUGAAUUAUUUGGACGGAAUCAAUCAAGACAACAUACUAGACUGUCAUCAAGAAAUUCCUUAUUCGAUGAACAGCUGUCAAAAGAUGUACCAACAAGAGCUACUAGUCGAACUGAACUACCUUCAACACGAUCUGAUCGUAAACAAUUGAAAAUAAAUAAUACAUUCAAAAUUUCAGGAUAUGAUUCUAGUUUAAAAAAUUUAGGUAAAAUUCAUUAUUUUUUAUCAAAGAAAAUAAACCAAUCAAGUAAUACACGAAAGUAUACAAAUUUAAGUAUUUAUUGUAGACAAACAGAAAAACCUUUGAUUGUUCAAAAUAACAGAAUAUGAUGAAAUCGGAGAAGAUCAAUAUUCGGCAUCAGUACGUCAACUGUUUUGCAACAAUUUUUUGGACAAACAAAAGUUAUUAUUCUUGCAGUGUCCGUAUGUCUCUAUGCACAGAAGUGAAAGUUCAACGUUUAUUUGAGUAUUUCAGUAAAUAUGAAUGUUUACUUUUUUUGUGGUGAAAAAUGUAAUAGAUCAUUACAUUCAUUUCACUGAAAUAAACUUUAGUGAUAAAUCCAUGCUUCUUUUCAAAUAAUCUUCGGAUGGUUGUUAAAGAACAUCAUGAAUUGAAUAACAAACUACUAAACAUUGUAUUUUAAUUAGGAAUAAUCAUAUAUAUGUCAUUUUAUUUAAAAAGCUUAGUUGGAUGAAAGCUUCAUGUAAAUAGUCUUCCACAAUAGGUUCAACUCAUCCUUCGUGACCCUAACAAUAGAAUGGACACCCAGUAUUAGAAUUCUUAGUUGAGCGUACCCGUUAACCUACACAAUAUCAAACUCAAU